AGAAAUUGUAUUUCAAUCAUAAAUCGUAUUUUACAUAAAUAAUAAACUUAUAUCAAGAUUUUGGCUAUUAAAUAUGUCUAAGAGGCCCACAGGUUCAAUUUUUUCUAGCGCUAAACAACGUUAUACCACAUUCUCUUCAAUAAAUGAACCGCAGAUAUCCGCUUUAGAAAGUCGACGCACUGUAAUAUAUUCUCAAGGUCUUAUUAAACCUGAAGAUCGUGGCACGAUUGAAAGUAUAGACAGUGUACCCAUUACAGUUAAAACUUGCCAACAAUCUAAAGAUUUCGUGGCUCCCUGCAAAGAGCUUAAUAUACCAAAUGACAAACUACCAUAUCAAGAGUAUGAAAUAGAGACGGCCCAAAAAUGGUUGACAUUGAAGGGAAAAAAUGGUAAAUUGCACAAGUUUCCUUUAAAGACAAUAUUGCCCAAGGUGCAAAUGACAAAACAUGUGCCAGCCAAGCAUUUGCCACGCGAUGUGGAAGUUGAUAGAAGAAGGAGAAUUUACAAUAAGAUUGAUAUAGUAAGGGAAUUGGAAAAGGCAGAUUUAAAUGAACAGGAGCUUAUGCCCACAGAGGAGCAGUAUAAUAUAUUGUCCGAGAAUGCCUUUAAACAUUUUUUACCCUUGAGCUUUUUUGACGAUUCGAAUUAUGAUUGCCAUUCUCCUGAGACCUGGUUAAAAUUGGGAGAAGUCGAGUCGGGGGAACGUUAUCCCUUGCCCGCUAAGGCAUAUUUGCCUGUCAAUCAAAGUUUAAUAAAAUACGAGUGGCAAAAUGCUGCCAUAACUGCCUAUGACGCUUCAAGAGAUAAAUGGACAGCCAUGGUAUUGAUAGAUGAAUUUGUAUACGAAGUACCCAAAAUACAAAUUAUGUUUAUGGCUGAAAAUCCGUUUAAUUUUGUGGAGCGUUUAAAGCAGGCGGUUAAAAUUCGCAACAAUGCUGAGACAUUACUAAUGAUGGAAUCCUUAGUGGAUUGUGUUUUAUGGCAGGAUAUAGAAGCAAAUCAUUUUUAUCCCCAUAAAGUGGUGGAUAAGUUAAUGAAAAAUGUUCAAACCGAUGAGAAAUUCUAUGAGCAAUUACGUAUUGAGAUAUAUUUGGUAUACGAACAUUUAAUGACCUGUUAUGAAUUUGAAAAGUUUGUUAAACUUUUACCUCAAGAAUUUCCCAAUUUUAAAGCAGAGAUUUUAAGAAAUUCCCUGCCCAAGGCAUUUCCCUCUAGGAAAAGUGAAGAGGAACGAAAGAUUUUAAAAGCUCUUAAAAUAGAAUUAUUAGAAACAAAAAACAAGCUGUUGAAUUAUACUCUGUUCUAUACUGCGAAAGGUAUUGAGGCCAUGUUAAAUGUGGCCUCAGAAUGUCAAUAUAUAGAAACCUUGUCUAUAUUUAUGUGUAAUUUUGCUAAACCUUUACCUUUAGCGGACUUUCUUAAAUCCCAGCAGAAACAAAGUACCAAUAUAAGCAAUUACUUAAAAUCAAGCUGGCCUUCAAAAAUUUCCAACGGUAUAAUUAUUGUUUUAAGAGCUCUCGGCAAAGGUUGGCUGGAUAUUAGCCUAGAUAAUUGGAAAGUCUAUGAAAUGUGUAAAAUUUCCCGCUUCAUAUUACAAGUUAAAUUUCGCAUGCAAGAAUCUAUGCAAGUGUUAUUGGAAAAAUCUAUAGAUAAUUUUACCAGUUUCUUGGCAGAUCCUUGUCGUCAAUUUCUGCUCUUAGAUUCGCAAUAUCAAUGGUCGUCCGAUUUUAUAAAUACAGAAUUUCCCCAUAAUAAGCCCAUUUUUUCUAUGGUUUUAUCGAUAAACGAAGAGGAAGAAGUUAUCUACUCAACAAAACCCGAAGAAUAUGCUGCGGCGCUUAAAGAUUUAUUUAAAACGGGUUUAGAGAAGACCAGUGGUGUAAGACAAAUCGAUGCUGAAUGUUUAUCAAAUCUAAGGUUUGCUACUGAUUUAUAUAUACUAACAGUAGAACUAAUAGAAGAGUUUUAUGUAAAGUGCAAUCAACUAUUACAAGAUUGUUAUAUAAAGGCUGUAUAUCCCUUGAGAUCAUAUGCCCACAAAUAUGAUCGUUUUAUAGAAUUCUAUCUUUUGAAUGUAGCCAACUAUAUGGCUCAAUAUAAAGCGGCCAAAAAACCUUCUAUGCAGGUAAAGGCCGAUAUAUUGGAACACAAACGUUGCAAAGAAGAAAUGCGCCUAAUACUACCAGCCUCUAUUAUCAUAGGACCCUUUUUAGUUAACGUAGAGCCCAUGAAACAGUACAUGAUUAAGAAACGCAUAGAAAUUGUUAAAAAACUGUUCGAAUACUAUGUCAAUCGUAUGUUCGAUACAAAUGAAAGUUUAUUGGACCGUUGCCUGGAAAUGUAUCAAAAGAUUAACGAACGUCCUCAGAGUAUAGAACAUUUAUAUAAUAUCAGAGAUUUUGCAUUGUCUGUGCCCGAUUUAGUGGACCAUCUCAGAGCUGAUAUACAAAUAAUGUGGAUUGAAUAUGAUAUGUUGGAUAGUUUCUUCUAUAAUUUACCCGAUCAUCAGUUUGCCAUGAAAUGGGAGGUCUAUGCCUGGCCGAAAAAUAUUCUCGAUCGUUUGAGUACCUUAAGGGAUGAGCAAAAGCUGGAUAUAGAAGAUUUCAAGAGAUUACAUUUGAGUGAGUGCAUUGGAUUUGAAGAACGUUUGGAAUCGUUGAAUGAUGAAAUUCAGCAAUUUUCUUUGCAAUUUAAUCCUCAGAAAGUAACGGAAAUCGCAGUGGAGAUCAAAAAAACCUGGAAAAUAAUACAAGACUUGCAGAAACUGGGCGAAACUUUAUGCUAUCGCCAACAACUCUUCGAAUUGGAUGAACUUUCCCUAGAAUUUCUCAAUAGCAUCAUUGAGGGAUUUCUACCAUAUAAAAAUCUUUGGUAUGCUUGCCAAGAUAUAGUAAAACUCGAGGAAGCCACUCUGGGUAAUCCGCUUGUUAAUAUAGAACUCGAUGAUGUUUGGCAUUCCUUGGAAACCAUACGUAACUCUCUAAACGUUUCUUUGGAAGUUUUCGGAGAAAAACCCGAAAUACAAGAAGUGGCCCGUUAUUUUCUAAAUACUCUCGAUGAUUUUAUGCCGAAAUAUAAUGCUAUUAAAGAUUUAAAGAAUGAAAAUUGGCUAUUUCUACAUUGGCAAGAGUUGGCUACACGUUCUGGCAUAGAUAUCAAAUAUUCCAUGGCCAUGAAUUUCCAGUAUUGCAUGCGCAAGGGUAUAAUGGACCAUUUGGAUUUAGUGCACGAGAUCUCGGAAAAGGCAACAAAUGAAGCAGAUGCUAUACGCAAAGCCUUUGAGGAUGAGGAAAGACGUAAGGAGGAGGAGAGAUUAGCAUUGCUGAUGCAUAAAGCUAUGCGAAAAUGUCGCAUGGAUAUUUGUUAA